UCUGUAGGUGGCCCUGGCGUGCGGCGUGGACAUGGGAUCUCCAAGCGUCCAGCUCCUGGCCAUGCUCCUUGUCCUGGGGCUGUGUGCCCUGGCGGGGGCCCAGAAACCUUCCCCCUGCCGGUGCUCUCAGAUCGCAGUGGAAAACAGGAAGAACUGUGGCUUCCCGGGCAUCACCCCUGACACGUGCUUCAGCAUUGGCUGCUGCUUCGACUCCAAAGUCCCCAAUGUCCCCUGGUGUUUCCACCCACUCCCGAAGCAAGAGUCGGAGCAGUGUGUGAUGGAAGUGUCGGCCCGGAGGGACUGCGGGUACCCGGGCAUCAGCCCCAAGGAGUGUGCAUCUCGAAAGUGCUGUUUUUCCGACAACAUCGUCGAUGUGCCCUGGUGUUUCUUCCCCAUCCUCGUGGAAGAUUGCCAUUAUUAGGAGGAAUCCCUUCCGAGAACCCACCAGGCUCCCCAGGUGUUUGGAAAUGAAGAUUGCCACCACGUCUCAUGUCUGCAGAGUUCCUGGCUUUCCUUCAUCUGCUUUUUAUCCUGGUUCAACAGACAGUUUCUUCAAAUAAAGAAAACCCUUAA